CCCGGGGAAGGGCCACCCCGCGCCCGGCCCGCAGCCCCCUGCCGCCGCCGCCGCAGCCAUGUCGGCCGGCUGGUUCCGGCGCCGCUUCCUGCCGGGGCCCCCGGGGCCCGCGCCGCGCCCGCCCAAGCCCCGCGCCAGCCCGGUGCCCUACCGGCGGCCUCGCUUCCUGCGCGGCUCGGCCUCCAGCCCCGGCCCCGCCGACACCGCGCGCCGCCCGGAUGCCCGGCCCGUGCGCAGCCCGGCGCGGGGCCGCGCGCUGCCCUGGAACGCGGGCUACGCCGAAAUCAUCAACGCAGAGAAAUCUGAGUUCAAUGAGGACCAGGCAGCCUGUGGCAAGCUGUGUAUCCGGAAAUGUGGAUUUGGGGCCGAGGAUGACCAGGAGUGGCUGACCCUGAACUCGGAGGAGUUCCUAACAGGCCACUACUGGGCCCUGUUUGAUGGGCACGGCGGCCCGGCCGCAGCCAUCCUGGCUGCCAACACCUUGCACUCCUGCCUGCGCCGGCAGCUGGAGGCAGUGGCAGAUGGCAUGGCAGCCACUCCACCCCUCAUGCACCUCAGUGGCUGCUGUGUCUGCCCCAGUGACCCCCAGUUUGUAGAGGAAAAGGGCAUAAGAGCAGAAGACUUGGUGAUCGGGGCUCUGGAGAGUGCCUUCCAGGAAUGUGAUGAAGUGAUUGGGCGGGAGCUGGAGGCCUCGGGUCAGGUGGGCGGCUGCACAGCCCUAGUGGCUGUGUCUCUGCAGGGAAAGCUCUACAUGGCCAACGCCGGGGACAGCAGGGCCAUCCUAGUGCGGAGAGAUGAGGUACUGCCCCUGAGCACAGAGUUCACCCCCGAGACUGAGCGGCAGCGAAUCCAGCAGCUGGCCUUUGUGUACCCAGAGCUUCUGGCUGAUGAGUUCACCAGACUGGAGUUCCCUAGGAGACUGAAGGGGGAUGACUUGGGGCAGAAGGUUUUGUUCCGGGAUCAUCACAUGAGUGGCUGCAGGAGUUACAAGUGUGUGGAGAAGUCAGAUCUCAAGUACCCACUGAUCCACGGGCAGGGCAGGCAGGCUCGGUUAAUGGGAACACUGGCUGUUUCUCGAGGCCUAGGAGACCAUCAGCUCAGAGUCCUGGACACAAGCAUCCGACUCAAACCAUUCCUGCUGUCUGUCCCACAGGUCAUCGUGUUGGAUAUGGACCAGCUGCAGCUGCAGGAUGAUGAUGUGGUUGUCAUGGCAACCGACGGGCUCUGGGAUGUCCUGUCCAAUGAGCAGGUGGGAAAGCUGGUCCGGGGCUUCCUCCCCGGCAACCGCGAGGACCCUCACAGGUUCUCAGAGCUGGCCCAGAUGCUGAUACACCGCACACAGGGGAUGGACGACGCUCCCGCUGGGCACGGACAGGUGUCCUAUGACGACGUCUCUGUGUUCGUGAUUCCCUUGCACCGCCAGGGCCGAGGGAGUGCUGGCCACUGAGGAUUAAGACGCUGAAUCCCAGAACCAUUCCAGGGCCAGGAACAAUCUGGGCAACCCUCUGCCUGGUGAACAGCUGGCCCUCCUUGCCCUGUUUCCAGACACAGCACAGGCUUCCACCCUCUAUCCAUGUUGAGGGGGAAUUUACCCUGGGCAGCCGGAGCUGCCAGUGUGCAGAUCCCACCCAGCUCACCAGCAGGCAGGGACAAAGCACUGCUGUCAGUGAUAACGUCCCUCUGGCAGAUGCACUUCACAGCUUAAGAAACCCAGUUCAGGUUUCUUGAUCUGGCCAAGGAUGCCGUGAGGGAUGGUGGUGUUUGGACCAUCUCCAGCUCAGGUACACAACAACACCUAAAGCCCAUGCAGAGUGCCUUAUGGGAAGCCAUGGGGCCUCACCUAUGCUGAACAGUUCUCUCGAAGCAGCUUCUGGGAGAGACAGGCUCACAUCUGCCCUGGCAUCCGGAGGUGGGCACAGACUAUGGGGUUAAGGUCGAGCAAACAAAAAGGGGCAAGGAGCCCUUGUUGGAGUGGAGAAUGCAGAUCGCUCCUCCCUCGCCCAGCUCUCCCCAGGGGUGAUGUCCCCACAAUGCCUUUGCCGCUCCCCAAUACCUCUAUAUUAUUAAGUCUGUGUGUGGGAAAGAAAAAACACUGAAUUGUGAAUUGCUGUACGGCUUGGCAUUGCAGUACACUCUUUGUUCUUGA